AGCGCUGGAGUCAGGUUCACCUGGAGGCCGCCGGUGCACUCGUCGCGGACGCAGCGGACGCCUUCGCUCGGAUUCACCCGCUCGACAAAAUGCGCAGAGAAUAGCCGCAGCGCCGAGAACACCCGUCUGCGCGACUUUCGGUAGCCAUGAAGCGGGGCACGCUGAAUUUCUUGGGUCGAAAGGAGCAGUCUCUUUACGCCAAUAAUGUCAAAAUCAAGGACGUGGACCAUGUGCCGUGGGUGCUGGACACGCCGGUGAUCCCGGACUCGGGGACGGCCAGCGUGCGGGCCCGGCCCACCGUCAAGCAUCAUGCAUCCUCGGACACCUUUCAGGGCUUCGCUGUCCCGACGCCCAAAGUCCCCCUUCUCCCACCCGUCAGCGCGCCGAAGGUCAACGGCUCAGUCGGUGGGGCUCAUUGGUCCAAUGGAUCAGUGUCUGUGCCUGACACGGUGGAGGGGGACAUAUUUAUUCCUCCUCCUCCCUCCACGGCACCUCCACCCCCCCCAGAGGCUUUUAUCCUUCCUCCGCCAGACUUCAUGGGAGACCUGAACGCCAAAGCAGACCUGGGAACACCCCCGAUUCCUUCCGUACCCGCCCCAAAGCCCGCAGCCCUGCCUCCAUCCAUGGAGACGGAUCUAGCUUCCCUACAGCCCCCGACAAUGGCCCCACCGAAGCCUCCAUCUGCCAGCUCAGCCGCGCCCAUUUCCUCCUCGGCCCAAGCUGCAGUUCCUGACCACCCCAAAUUUGCCCCACCGCAGCCACCCGAAAAGCAACUAAGGACUCACAAGACCCCGCCUCCGAAGCCCAUUAGAAUGUCCUCCAUCCCCAUCCUUGACUCCCCACCACAUACCCCUGCACCAACUCCUCCUGCGCAGACGCCCGCAGUCUCCAGCUUUAAUCCACAGAACAAACCCAAAGUUUAUAACGCCCCUCCGCCCUCGUUUUUUAAAGCGUAUGAGGAGACUGACACAAAACCCAAGAAGAUGCUACUUCUGGAGGACUCUGGGUCUGUUAAUACUCCCCCAGUGCUUGUCCCGGUGGAUGGGAAAGUCCCUAAAGUAGCUGCACCACCGAAUCCAGUUUCCAAAGAUGUGGCGGAGCUGAAGGAGAACUUACAAAUUCCUCAGCCCUCUCAAACACCUCCGUCUAAGCCGAACAAGGAGCCCACAGUGGCGACAGUUUCAGCACAGCAGGAAGCUGUCAAACCGCUGCCGACUGUGCCGCAGAAAACAGUGAUCCAGGAGGUGAGCAGCAAGAGUUUAGAGCCCAGCAGGGACAGGUUGGAAGCACCUCAGAGCAAAAGGCGCGACAUCAGUCCGUUAUUGGAUCGCAAACUGCACAACCUGAAGGCCAGUGAGACCAACAGGCUGCGAGAGGGACACGCGGCGUCCCCACUGGCUCUUUUAAUGGCAGCUAAAGAAAGGGAGAAACAGAAACUGAAACACACGGCGCCGAAGGAAAACGCUGCCAAAGACCUCGAGCAGCAGAGCGCCAACAUUCAGCCCAGCAAUUCCAGCCCCAACUCCUUCGUUGUCACCCCAAAGUCCAGCUCGGCCUCCUCUCCUACAGCCCAAGAAAGAACGCAGGAGAGCUCGACGUCGGCCGGCCGUGUAGAACAAACACCACCAGUUCAGACGUCUACGUUAUCUUCUCCGCAGAUCAGAAGUCAGGCCGUGUCCACCACACCAGCUGCUGGGCUUCUGAAGGCAACCAACCCAGUGGAGGGCCAGAGCCCCUUGAAGUCUCCACUGGCAAGACCUACGGACCCCAGUGAGGGGCUGAGCCUCCCGUUCCUCCCUCCUCCACCGGAGUUUGGGGAUUUAGAUGACUUUAUGCAGCCGCCGCCUGCUGUUCGUCCACCGGACCCCCCCGUAAAAAAGCCAACGCCACCAGUGAGCGUUCCUCCUCCAGCUCCAGUUACAAAAGCACCUGAGCGUGUUUCUCCUCCAGCACCACCUGCCAUUGUUCCUCCCCCACCCCCAAAACCGCCUGCGAGUGUUCCUCCCCCUCCUCCUCCUCCUCCAGUUCCAACAGCCACCAUCAACCCUCUUCCUCCAGCUCCUACACCUAAACCCACAGCAUCUGUAAAACUCCCAGCUCCAGACAACGAUGUCAAAAUAAAGAAUCAGGAACAGACAAAAGCUCAAGGGGCUCCCACGCAGCUACCGUCUACUCUUUCAGCCAGUCAAGCCACACUUCUUAGCAUCUUACAGAAGAAGAUGUUGGAAAUGGAUCACAGAAUGGACCCAAUGAAGGAGACAGAGGCCGGUGGUGAUGACUGGAAUAGCCCCCUGUCUGACGAGGAGACGAAGGUCCCCGUCGUCCCCAAAGCUGCACCGCAGAGCAACGCUCCCUCUGUGGCCAACAAACCAGCAACUCUGAACAUGCAGGAGCUCAAGAGCAAAGUUGCCAAAAAGAAACAGCCAACAUCGCCGUUGAACACUCCCACAAGUAACGGACCAUCAAAGUAUCCGUAUGGUAUGACUUUCACCAUCCGGCCUGGAACCAAACAGCCCAUAACUCCCUUUAUUAAAGGGGAAUCAAAUUAAACACACUGCAGUACACGUGUUUCUAUUUGCAUAGUGAAUAUGCAAAGAUAUCACAUUGUUAUGGAGUAGUUGAUUACAUGAAAGCAGUGCCACUAUCAGAUCAGGCUGAUGUUUCUAAGGCCAAAUGCAUUAGAACAUGCUUAAAUUCACAUUUACAUUAACAGAAUGUUAAAAUUCUUUAUUUAUCUGGAAUCUUGACUCUAAAAUACAUAGUGCAUACAGCUGUAAUAUUUCCCCAGUACUGCAAUGUUUUCUCACUGUUACAUUACAUAGGACCCUUGAAGCCAAGCCACCAGCAAAUUGAGUACAAGUGCUUCUAAUAUUUAUUGACCUAGGAAAUGUUUUUCUAUCUGUAUGCAGGUUAUUUUGUACAGAAUGUGAUAAUGUACAUUAUUCUCCACAUGUACGAAGCUCAUUUUGGCUUUAUGUAAAAUCUAUAUUUAAAACCUGGUAGAAAGUUGUAACAGUUGCUCAUCUGAACCAAGUAGAAACACAUGUGAGCACUAAAUGCAUGUUUUAAAAAAAGUAUCUAAGCUUUUGUGUUGUGUGUUUGCCCACUAUUAAAACGUUACAGAAA